AUGACCACCUUGGCUGACUAUUGGGGGCUGGCCAAGGGCGAGAACGAGGAGCGACUCGGCUCCGUGGCGGGAGCCUUGAAUGCUUCCAGCAAGGUCCUCAAGGCGCAUGGCGUUUGGGAGGUGGCCAAGACUUUGGGGCCUCGCCUCCAAGCCGCCGCCAAGCCGUUGGACGCCGUGCUACGGAAGAGCAAGGGCUUCGUCAAGUACCGGACCUUGCUCCACGGAGACUUCAAAACGGCCAACUUCUUCCUUCGGGACACCGAGGACGGCUGCCCGGGCCGGUGCCUGGAGGAGAUGAAUAUCAAUCAGUAG